GUCUAAUGUACAACGUCUACUUCCGAACAUCGUGCAUAGUGUGAAAUGGUUGACAUGUGGAGUCUUCGAGUUCCAGGCCCUACAACGUCUCAAGAUCUCAACAGCGACCUCUAGGGGUGUCAUCAUGUCACGCUCAUCUACUCAUCAAUUGGGGAUAUGCACGGAGGCUAAGCGUGCAAGAUCUUUGGUCAAAAUUCUGAAGAUGGAAGCGUAUGACGACAUGGAGCCUUUCGAACUCAGCCAAAGCGAGGCACCACCAUCUGUCGAAGUGGAGGAGGGUUGGAAUAUAGUCGAGAGGCAUAUGGAGAUAGCAGUCGGCCGAAACCCCCAGAUGUGGUGCACAGCGACGGUGGCCGGCAGGACCAGUCAGCCAUCGCAUGUAGAUUGGGGCGUGGUACUCGCCGAAUUUGUCACUGCGCUAGGGGACGUAUACGAGGGCUCGAUCCCCUUGAUAUUGUCAGUGCCGGCCGCAGAGGACGUUGCGGAGCUACCUGAAGGCGCCGGUCGGCAAAGCGCCUGCGCUAUUGUGGCAUCUGGGAGAUUUACCCGUAGCGAAGUCGAAAGGAUGUUCGAAGAGAUAGCACAGCUUCCGCACGAGAAUCCAAAGAAUCAAUCAUGGGCUCCGGACACGAGGUUGCCACGCAAUCACAGAGCGAAAGCCCUGCUUCCCUUGAAUGCUUCCCCCGCUUCAUUCGUACAUGGUCGAGGCUAUCCGCCUCAAACGUUUGUAUUGCAGAAAGAUGGAAUUGAAGACGCACCAAGGGCAACUAGGACGGUGGGGCAAACCGAGCAUCCCAUGGCCCAGCAAGAAUUCCGUUGUGCAGAUCUGGCUGUGGAUAGUUGCCUUGAAAUGCCACAGGGAGGCUGCGACCUCGCCUUGGAAGACGAGAAGCGAUCUAGUGAUCCACGCGAUCAAGGCGUGGCAAUGACAUCAGAAGUUGAAGUGCUUCAUUCGGUUCCAGACACGAUGUCAAGUCCAAGAGAGCGAUUUCCUUUGGGCUGUCCAAUUUCUAAUUGCAAGCAGGUUUUCAAAAACAAGCACGACCAGAGCCGGCAUGUCCUCACUACCCAGGUCCACCAGGAAUUCAGAGACCACGACCCACAGUGGCCGACAAUGAGGGACGAACUAGACAUGAAUUUGGCGAAGCAUCCGUUGUUUUACUGCUGUGUCUGUGAUCCAGACGCGUUGAAUAAGAGGCGCUUCGACUUGAUGAAGAAACAUGCGAACAGGCAGAAACAUACCCGUCUCGUCGCAGAUGCAGACGAUGGAUCGCAGGAGGAAGGCUGGUGGUGUGUGGUAGUCAACUAA